AUGAUAGUCGCUCACGCUCCAAAAACUUAUUUCGGUUCAGGAGAUAUACAAGAAUCAUUGGGUUCUCUUCCUGGAUUUCCAUGGGCGAAAUAUCCCAGAGAAAAACAUCUUCCCGGUCAUAAUUACACCGGUCCAGAAACUAAAAAACCUAACACUACAGCGUGGAUAAAUAAAGCGAAACCUUACUUUGUGGAUCAAAUCGGAGACACUCUUCAAGGUGAUUUAGAUAUGAACAAUUUUAGCAUAACUAAUUUAAAGUCUCCGGAAAACGAUAAUGACGCCGUUCACAAGAAAUAUUUGCGGGAACAAAUAAAUUCAAUUGAAGUAAAAGUUGAUUCAUUAUUCUUCAAACAACACUCACGUAUAUCUAAUGAAAAAUUUAACGCUAAAAAAGUUCUUCAGUUUAUCAAUGGUACAAAAAAUGUAGAAACUAAAGAAUUAGAAAUUAACGACGAAAACAACAAGGUUAAUCACUUAUAUGAAAUUAAAACGAGUGGAAAAUAUAUAGAUAGGUUUAGAAUGUUAAUCAUACCAGAUAAUGAAGAAGAUGAACUUAUAUUGACUCAAUUUGAUAUGAUAUUGGAAACGCAAACUCCACCAUCAACAUUUUCAACAAAGAAAGUAUCCGAAGAAUUAGAUUGGGUAUUUUACUUACAUAAAUCACAUUUCUGUCUCAUUAGAAGAAAUAACAAAACCUUAGGCAUUAAAGAAAUAGAAGAUAAUUACGAUGAAAACGUAUGGAGAACUUGUAGAGAUGAUAAUGCGAUAACACAAGUUUCACCUCUAAAACUAAACGUUUUUCCAACCAUUCCCGAUGAUUGUUUAUACGCGUGGGAUUGCGAAACCUAUAACGAAAAUAAAGCCAUACCUUAUUCUUGCACGUUAAUUAAUUUAGAAAAACUAAGAAAAAUGUUUAACAGAAUAAAUAAUCUCUUUCCAGAUUUAAAGCCGACAGAUCCCAUUCCAGAAGAAUUUUACAACAAACUCAUGACUAAUAUAGUAGAAAUAUUUGUAGGUACAGAUUGCAUCGAUCAAAUGUUACAACGUUUAGGAAAAAUAGAUCAAAAAAGAAUAACAUUAAUUGCUCAUAACGCUAGCGGUUGUGAUAACUGGAUCGUGCUUAAAAAUGCGAAAAAACUAAAGCAAUGUCCACUAGUAACAGCUAGAGGCAUUCUGUCUCUACCUUUAACUAAUUCAUUCACCGAUGAAUAUUUACAGAAAAAAUGGAAAAGACAAAAACAAAUAAUGGGCAACUCUAAUUAUUUGCAAAAUAUUAAUUUCAUAUGUUCCUAUCAACAUGAAAAAUCUAGUUUGGCGGCAUGGGGUAAUUCAUCUAAUCUACCGAUGAAUCUGAGAAAGAUGGAGGAUGUAGACAUUGCAAAAUACACCAAAGAUAAUUGGGAACCUUUAAGACACGAAUCGGAACCUUACGCUAAAAGAGAUACGUUAUGUCUCGGAGCUUGUGUGAUAAAUUACAAUCAAGCAAUGAAAGAAGUUGUAUUUCAGAAUAUUUCCAAUAAUCUAACGGCUCCUUCUUUAUCUUUAAAGGGUUGGUAUUUUUUAUAUCAUUACGAUAAAGAUAUGAUUGAAGAAGAAUGGUAUAAAAGUACUAGAAUGGUUCCGAAACACACCGAAAAAGAAAACGUAGAAAAAGUUUACUCACAUACUCACCCUUUUAUAAGAUAUUUUAUCAGACAAAGUAUUAAAGGAGGAAGAGUUUCGGCAAAUCGAAAAUCAUUUGAAACGAAUAAAAUGGAUGAAAUUUGUAAUAUAUUAAAGGAGUUUAUUUCACAAAGUGAAAGUAUUUCAACAAGUGAUAAUAUAAUUGAUUUAUUCAAAGAAUAUAGAGCUAGCACGAAAGAUAAAGCGGAGGUUCAUUCGAGACUUAAAAAAAUAAAAUGUACUAAACUAAUGGCCUUUGAUGCUAACGGUUUGUACGCUUCCGCCAUGUCGGAUUUAGAUAGCGAAUAUCCGAGGGCGGAAAGUGGUAGACCAUUUCGACAAGAAGAAAAUAAAGAAUUUGUUAAGCUCUUUAUUGAACAGAAAUUCAGACCUAGAACUGCUAUUUUAAAAGUCUGGUUGGAAUAUCCUACCAACAUGUUCUUCCAACCCAUACCAGCUAAUGAUAAAAUCACUUUCACGAAUAGAAUAGGUAAAAAGGAAACUGGCAUUAAAUCAGGUUCAGAAAUGGUUUCUGUCACGACGUUUUAA